AUGAGGGAUAUCGCUCUAUCUCUACCUAGGGAGCUAGUCGCCAUCCUGGAGCCCUUGCUGGCUUACAGGGUCGGGGACUACUCCCUACGGACUUCGUACAAGUCCAACUCCUCCACCCUCUCCAUCUCCUUCGACUUAGGUCAAAGGAAAAGGCCUCUGGUCAAAGCUCCGGCCAAGACCAAGCCUAAGGAGAAAAAGACCCCGGCCCCUGCCCCUGCUGCACCACGCCCGGUACAGAAGGCCAGGCCGCCCACAGUGAAGAAGGCUCCACCAGUUCCCCCCAUGGAGAUCCAGGAGAGCCUUCCCACCACCCCUCCACCCCCUUCAGUGGCACUGGAACUCGCUACCCUCGAAUCCAGAGGGGAGGAGCCCUUUCGCACGCCGGAAGGGACAGGACACGGAAGAAAGAAGAGAAAGAGGAAAAGCAUCUUCUCCCCCGACUCUCCCCCUCUUCCAUCACCACCAAGCAGGAACUCGGAGACCCAGACCGCCACACCACCAGGCCCGCCCCUCAACUCCAGCCAAGUCCAGACUGACCCAGUCCCAGAACAAGAGAGUAAGGUUGACGACCGUCUCCUCCUUGCACAACAGGCACAGCACAUCCUGGAACAGCACGAGGUCCUCCCUAACCCCUGCUACCAGCAUGACAACGGCAGACUGUAUCCCAGCAACCGCCCACGCCCACCCUUGGUGCUGGUGCAGUUCUGGGGACAGGAGCGGUUUGAGCAUGAGAUUCACAGCUUCCAGGAUCUCUCGGACUUCCUGGUCGACUGUGAACUCCCAGUCCCACCGCUCUUCAGCACCAACGCCGCCGCCCGCCUCACCAACUCACUGUUUAGAGCUCUUCCUCCUGGAGAGCUCGACCUAGCCAGGAGGCUCCUGGCUGGGCACAAACAGUAG